AUGUUUUCCUAUUUCGUUCAAUUCAUAACACUGAUACUGGUAGUGAGGAGUAAAUGUUUCAGUAUUGAAAAAGAUUCAUAUUUGUUAGAUAAAAGUCCUCCAGAAAAUGGAAUAUCUGAAUAUAUAAUUUCUAAAGGAUAUUUGCCUAAAGAAAGUGAAUUACCAAAAUCGUCCAUUAUAAAAAAUAUAGACAAUGAUGUUACCUAUCUUUUAUCAAAGUUAUCUGACGAUGAACUUAUUCGAUUAUUAAAUGAAAAGCCAAAUAAAAAUAUUUAUGAUUUAAAUGACGUUGUUCAAAUAGCAUUCGGAAAACAAUCAAAAGAUUCAAGAGUACCCAUUAUUCUGAAAAAUUCUGAAAAUUUACGAGAUCAGAAAUAUAAAAGCAUUCAGGAUACUUAUAGUAAAGACAACAGCAAUACGGCAUUCUUCAAAUUAGAUCAACAGCAAAUAUAUCCCGAGAAACAGAACAACAAGGCCAACUUUUUGGCUUUAAACAAACUUAACAACCUUUUAGUGAGGCGUCCUCGUGACCAGUUAAUGGCAGAUAAUUUAAAUGACGAGAAAAGAGAGCUAUUGUUUGACAUUCUUGUGGCGCAACUGAGAGCUCUGUGUUGUAAAAGCUCGUCAAAGAAAUUACCAUUAGAAGAAAUCAGUAAUAUACACAACGUACAACUUGGCAGGGAACCACAAAAGAAAGGACAAAGAUUGAAUGAAUUUAUGUUCCUAAUAGUCAACGAUGAAGUUAAAAACAACGCCAAUGAUGACGAUUUGAUAACAGUUGAUCCGGAUACCUUGGAAAAAAAUAGCAGUGUUUUGCUAUUAGGGCCAAUAACAACGCCACUAACUGAUGGCCAACUAAAAGUUGUCAUGAAUCGAAUUUCUACUGAAUUAUCUAAACCUGAAUACUCAUCGUUGCUUAAGCAACUCUCUGAGGGCACCGUGAGUAAUACGAACAUAAGUCUGAUGAAAAACUUUAUUUUUGGUCCUGAAACUCGGCGAUAUAUUAAGGCUCAUAGAUGCAAUCAUCAAGCGAAAUUGUCCAAAGUUUAUGGAGGACCUAAAUGGUUACUUUGCACUGGCUAUUUAAAUGUAAAUAGACCAAGUCUUUACGAUUAA